GGGUCACCGGGCGCGCUCCGAGCGACGGUCGUGUCGCCGCCGCCGCUGUGGCCCCUUCCCAGAGGCUGGAGAGGCCUCGUUCAGGGUCACAGGGUUUCUGCCGCCGACUUUUCCUCCUGCCCAGCCCCUCCGUCUGGUGGGAGCCCAGCGUUCCCGUCGCCCGCAUCCGCCCGCUGCUAGGGAAACCCCCCUGUUCACCUUGUCCCCGAAAUGGCCGGAGCCCAGUGCCUGCCCACAGGGGCGACAGGCCUCCUGCCUUUGCUGUGGCCUGGCCUGGCGCGCGCCUGCAGGAGCGAGACCUCUGCUGCCGCGCUGCUUGCAGUGCGGAGCCGGGCACCGCUGAGGACAGUGUCCUGGGCAGGCUGGGCCCAGGCGGCCACCAAGCGACAGGCCCGUGCUUUCCCGUGGCUUCUGUUCCGAAGCCCUUGCUGAAGCCUUUUCUGGUUAAGACUUGAACCAUCGGGCUACAAGUGAUCUCUGUGUGAAGAAAACGCAGGGUAAAUUAAUAAACCCAAAAAGGGCGUUCGAGCAUUCCCGGGGGGCGGGGUGGGGGGGGCGGUCCAGCAGCCAAAGGCCCUCCUUGGAAUGCAGAGGGCAAGGGUGCAGCCGAGUGCUUCGCGGCAUGUCACUGCGCUAAGGGAGCCUGGGACGGUUCUCUGAACCGCAAGGUGGAGCAGGAAACCGAAAAUGACCCCGCGUCCGGGGCUGAGACAGUCUUGUGGGUUGUUGGCUGUGUUCACUCUCGGGAAUAUAAUAUACGUGAAAUAAAAUUUGCCAUUUUAACCGUUUGUAACUGUGCAGUUCAAUAGCGUCAAGAUGUUUUUCAUAACCCCUGCUCUACCUCCGCCCCCAGCAACGCGACUGCUCCAGGCACCUGGUCCAAGCGCACCCACAAGACGGCCAUGCUGCUCUGUCGGGCUGUUCCACCUGGCACUCGGCCUCCACUGAGCACCUGUGUCUUAGCCGUACCAGAGUUUCAUUUUUUUAAGGCCUAGUGAUGGUCCACGUUGUACUGUUUAUUGCUGUUUCGUGUGUAACAACAAAAAUAAUCCCAUCGUAUUCUGUUUAUCCGAUCGUUUAUCCAGUCACCCACUCAUGGACACUUGGGUUGAUGAUUGUGAAUAGCGCUGCUGUGAACAUGGGGUGCACGCCCGUAAUUUCAGUUCUUUUGGGUCUCUACCCAGAAGUGGAAUCGCUGGAUCUUACGGUGAUUCCCUAACUUUCUGAGUAACGGCCACUGUUUUUCACUGUGGCUGCUCCGUUUUUCAUUAUUACCAGCAAAGUACGAAGGGUCCAGUUUCUCCACAUCCUCACCAACACGUUUUUCAUUUUAAUACCCGUUCUCCGGAUGGGUGUGAGGUGCAGUUUCAUCGUGGUGAGGGGUCUCGAGCAGCUCUUCAUGUUCUUUUGCCGAUUCGCAUUUCUUCUUUGGAGAAACGUCUCUUCGGGUUUUUGGCCCAUUAAAAAUUUUGUCUCAUGGUUUUUCGUUGAUACUGGACAUUUUAGGUACUAUCUGGCAGCAGCUCCCGCUACUGACUCCUCCCCAUCAUCUCUGAAUUGUUUGCUCGUUCACUUGUUUAGUGACUAGACCUAUUUGGGGGAGAGGGAGUGAGUGGGUCUUAGCUCACGUGCUACAGACUCCCUGUUCUUACUACGAUUUAGAAGAUUUUCUUGAGUAGAUGUUUCUUCGUGAGCUGCAUGCACUUGGGAUGAUUUCCAGAGACAUGAAAACUCAACACUCCAUUCACCCGUUGUGGCUUUUCUGGGAACUGGUCUACAGAGCUGCACACACCAGUCCUCUGGACGUGAACGUCAUGCCUUUCCUUUUUAAGCGCCCAGCAUGCGUUUUGGGGGUAUAGGGCCAUUCCGUUAAAUGGACAUGGGGUGGUGAGCACACCAGAAAUUCAACGCGGAUUCUGUGCUAAUAGCUGAGAACUGGUCCAUAGGGCUUACUGGGGGACAUUCAGGCUCAGCUCUGCUUUCUGAUCACAGGACAGCAUGGGCCACAUUCACAUCGGACAUACUCAGAAGGACACAGGACAGGAGACAGCUGCUGCAGGUGGCGCCAAAGCCGCCUGGCUGUCCCCGCCUCCUGCCUCCCAGUGUAAAGGCACAGCACCGAGGUCGGAGGUCGCAGCCCCAGGGAAGGUGCGCCUGUUCCCAGGGGCGUGGCACCCGGUCAGGGAGCCCAAGGGGUGGGACCUCCAGCAGCUGUCCACAGGCCUCAUCAGGUGCUAUUGCCCAUCAGAAGUCAUAUUAGCUAAGCGCUGUCCCCUGGCCACAAAGCUGUGAACUGUAAGUCACCUUUUCCUGCAGGAGAGGAGCUGGGCCGAUCGCUGCCAUACUGUCCUGUCUCCGGUUUAGGGCUGUGUCGCGUUGGGCACCACGUCUUGCUCGUGCCUGCCGUCUGCACUGGCGGCAGCUCUUUGUCUUUCGUGCCCUUGCUGUUUGGGGACAGCACAGGCCAGCUCAUCCGUAGACUGUUUCGCAGUUUCUUCAUGAUUAAAUUCAAGUGAGGAACUUGGCAGGGACACCCUCCCAGGAGGCACGUGAUGCUGGUCUGUCCCACUGCUGACCACGUGGUCAAGGCGGUGUCAGUCAGGGGUUGUAGAGUACUGUAAAGAGGACUUUUUCUCUGUGUAAUUAAUAAAGAAUAAAAAUAAAAACAAACAGUAGAGGUGAUUCACGGAGACUGUGUGACCAACCUCCCUGCUCCUCAGUAAACUUUCGUUCACUCAUCUGACCGCCCACUGACGAUCCCUGUGUAAAUCGGCUUUUGUCACGAUGUCGCCCAAUGGUGACAUUCUGACUUGGCCAUCCCUCCUUGGUCAUUACUUACUGGCUCCAUUUUGCUGGCUUCCUGUGUUAAUGAUACCAAAUACUGAGCAUUAAAACAUGCACUUCGAAGUGAAACAAACCUCUCAGACCAGGAGCAUUUCGGCAUACCUGAAGAAGGACAAACGUGAGUCUCAGAGGCUGGGAGACCCUCUUGCUGCAGGCACCUGUCACAUAGGCAGGAGGGGGAUGGCUGUGACAGACCUAAGAGAGACAAGGGACCGCGUCGAUGCCAGCGCCGAAGCACUGAGCAGGUGUCAGGUUGGUGGGAAGACGGCCACAUCAGAAAGGUUCUAAAUUAUAAAAAUUUAGUGACCUGUGUAAGUAGCAAGUCACUGAAUUCCAUGCCGGCAAAGUAAUUCCUUAAGUGGGUUAUAGUAAAUACACGAGAGAGUUGGACUUUGAAGAACAAAUCUCAUUUGAAAUCACCGUAAAGCUUCAUCUCAAAGAAUAUUUGUGUCUCUGGGUGGCGUGUUGACUUCCCCCAUGCCACAAAAAUGUGCCAAGGCUUCAUCCGCUUGGGUCAGCUUGUGCUGCUCGCAGAGAAUAUCUGCUACUUCCAGCGGUUUCUCGUGCUGCUAGUCGUAGACGGACUCAGAUUUUUUCUAGGGCGAAUAAACAGUAUGGUUUUGUCAGUCAUUUUCAGUCCUGGUUUGCACGAAAAAAUUCCUUAGUUUCCACGUAACAAGUGUGCAGCUCGUCAACCUCUUGCGCCUCGUCCCUUCCUGACACCUCGAUUUCCUCUUCCGCAGGUACCUCCUAUUUAACAGACGUCGUGUGGUGGGCAGGCACGAUUGCGAUGGCUGUUGGCCAGAUCGGAAACUUCUUGGCUUACACGGCAGUCCCCACGGUCCUGGUGACUCCCCUGGGUGCCCUUGGAGUGCCAUUUGGGUCCAUUUUAGCCUCCUACCUUCUGAAGGAGAAGCUCAACAUCUUGGGCAAGUUGGGGUGUCUUCUCAGCUGCGCGGGUUCUGUCGUGUUGAUCAUCCACUCCCCGAAGUCCGAGAGCGUGGCCACCCCGGCCGAGCUGGAGGAGAAGCUGACCAACCCAGUGUUCGUGGGCUACCUGUGCCUCGUGCUGCUCAUGCUGCUGCUGCUGAUCUUCUGGGUGGCGCCGGCGCACGGGCCCACCAACAUCAUGGUCUACAUCAGCAUCUGCUCCCUGCUCGGGAGCUUCACCGUGCCUUCCACCAAGGGCAUCGGGCUGGCGGCCCAGGACAUCUUCCGCAAUAACCCGUCCAGCCGCCGGGCCCUGGGCCUGUGCCUGGCGCUCCUGGCCGUGCUCGGCUGCAGCGUCAUCGUGCAGUUCCGGUACAUCAACAGGGCGCUCGAGUGCUUCGACUCGUCCGUGUUCGGGGCCAUCUACUACGUCGUCUUCACCACGCUCGUCCUGCUGGCCUCCGCCGUCCUCUUCCGGGAGUGGACCGACGUGGGCCUGGUGGACUUCCUGGGGAUGGCCUGCGGGUUCACCACCGUCUCGGUGGGCAUCGUCCUCAUCCAGGUGUUCAAAGAGUUCAACUUCAACCUUGGGGACGUGAACAAAUCUAACAUGAAGACGGACUAGGACGCCGCAGUGGGUAGGGUGGCUCGAGGGACAGGAAAUGGAUGUGGUUUCUGGUCCUGGGUUGACGUGACGUAGAGGAGGCGCCAGGUCACUGGCCUCAGCGAUGCUUGUACAUUAACGGGUGGUUUCGGGGACAGUGGGGAGCCAUGCUCAGCACCAGGCUGGGGCCCGAGCGCUCUGCAGCCUGAGAUGCUCAACGGCUGCCCAGGUGUCAUCUCUCCGAUGACAGUGAUCUCACGUUCAUAGCCAUUAAUUAACCUGGAAUCUCUCCGAUGACAGUGAUCUCACGUUCAUAGCCAUUAAUUAACCUGGAAUCUCUCCGAUGACAGUGAUCUCACGUUCAUAGCCAUUAAUUAACCUGGAAUCUCUCCGA